GUCCCCCUGCCGCAGUUGGAGUGUGAUGAAGCGGUUCGUGCCAGGAGGAUGGCGGACUACUACUGAGCCAGGCCGAGUUCGUCGAGAGCACCAGCGAGGAGCGGCGCAAAGUUCUCCGCGGAAAGGAAAAUUCUCCCAUAACAAGGGCAUCGGCCUCGCUCUCCAGCUGCCAGCAUGAUGAAGGACUGCCUGCAGUUCCUUAUCGAGCCGGCCAAAAAGCUCAAGAUCCGCCUCAAAGAGUCUCGUAAGCGAGUCAGACUUGAGAAGAAGGAGCCGCUGGUGGAAAGUCAGUUAUUUAUUAUGGAAUUAGCUCGCGAACUCAACAAAAUUUGCCAGAGGUCAAACAUCCUGGGCCACAUCUGGACCAGCGAGGACAUCUGGCCAGCCAAUGUCUGUCGCGAUUUCAUCGUGGAAUGGGCCGCUGUUUUGGAGAAGAGAGUACAGCCGAGGAUCAUCCCGUGUGUCUACCAAUACGAGAAGCCAGAGAAGAGAGACUGGAAGGGUCACCUCCUCUGCAUGCUGGAGGCAGGAGGGGAGUGCGACAUGGGACCCCACAAAAGGGUCAUCAUGGACUGGACUCGGGAGAUCAAAAGCAGAGCUCAGCCCACUGUCUGGCCAGGUGAGCCAGUGCUCAUGAUGCUGGACGACCUGGAGUUCCAGUGGAAGAGGGGCCGCCUCCCCAACCUGCUCCCCGCCGUGGAGCUCGUCAUGCUGGCCGUGCUGAAUGCUGACAGCCCUGUAAAGGAGGAUGUGACUAAGCAAUGGCUGGUGGGAAAGCAGAGGAGCCAGAGGACUGACGCUGUCCGCUACAUCCCCCACAGUGUGUGGAAUUGGAUUUGCGACGCGGCAGAGGACAUCACCCUAGACUCAGAUUCAGCCAACCCAGAUCUGCUCAUCUCCAGUGAUGAAAAACGCAUGCGGUGCGGCCUGGAGCGCCGCGACGUCCCGCGAUACCAGCGGCGCUUUGACGGCUGGCGGUGUGCGACGGGCCAAGAGGGCUACACCUCCGGACGCCACUACUGGGAGGUGGAGGUGGGCGAGCGGGACUGGCGCCUGGGAGCGGCGAAGGCAUCCGCUGUGAGGCAGGGCUUCCGCUCGCUCAACACAGAUACAGGCUACCUGACCCUACGCCUGGAGAGGGGCACAGAUCUGAAAGCUCUCACGGUGCCUGCCACCCCGCUGUCACAGAGCCUGGUGCCCAGGAAAGUUGGGGUGUACCUGGACUAUGAGCAGGGCCAGCUGUCCUUCUACGACGUGGAGAAGCGCUCUCACCUGUACACCUUCAACGAGAAGUUCACAGAGGAACUUUACCCCGUGUUCGGGACUGUGGAGGUGGUCAAAGAGCUGGUGAUCAGGCCUGCAGAUGUCAGACAGCCGUGCCUCUGCCCUGGGCCCUGCCUCUGGAACUGAACUGCUUAACACACAUCGACCAUUUUUCAGUCCUGAUCCACAGAGUCUGUGCUUUUAUUUUGGUCAGUUAUUUAGUGAAUUUGAAUCCUGUGUGCUGGUUCUAGACUAAAAGUCUUUCUGAAGGUUGCCUUGUGAGAUCAGGAACAAGAACCGUCAUCAUUCUACAGUUCACUUUCUGUAACUCUGCCUUCAUGGAGACAUACAGUAUUUGACUAUUUGUAUUGUAAAAAUGACUAUUUUAAAAAACUUCAAAAAACAGCCUUGUUUUUAGCUGAAUGAAAAGGUUUGGCUUUUUUUCACCGCCCAAUAAGAUUUAAAAAGGGUUCAGAAGAAUAUAUUUUUUCGUUCAGAGUUAAAACAAAAAAGACCAAAACUCAAGUUGCAAGGUUUUCAUGCCGAAGCAGCGAUAUUGAAAUGAUGUUUUGAUCACAUUAUUUUAUUACUUUUAGAUAAAAACUGACUUCAGUAAUGUUAUAAAAGCAUGAAGGCCCCACAAAGGGAUGUGCGACCAGCUACUAAUGUAGAGUAGUAGAGCCUCAGUGCAGUUGAACAGCGCAGGCUGUUGAGGGUUUCGCUAACACAUGCAGGCAGAUAAUUAACGCUUGGGUUGACGCAUGUUACAAGUUACUUCUUGCUGUUUGCUUCUUUGUUUCAAGCUUCCUGCAAACAUUUGUCAGGCAUGAACUUGUUUUUGCAGUUGUGCUUUUGUGGCGUGCAAUAUAAAGAUGUUUUUUUUUUUCCUCCCAAACAUCAAUAA